UCAUGUCGGUUAAGAAGAAGUAGUCCACGUAUUGAUAAGAUUAGUUGUGUUGAUACUGUACCUAUGGUUUCCAUGUCAUUAUAGAUAGUCCUCCUUUCAUGUCAUCCUAUACAGUGUUUGUUAUGAUACAUAUAUGGAAACCACCACAGUGAUUACAUUUUGUUAAACAUUUUAAUGACAGCGAUAUAAACCAUAUGACACAAAUAUCACAAGUAGAAAGCCUGUACCCCACAGAAAGUCAUUGAAAAUAACCUUAAAUUAAGGAUAAUAUAUUAUAUAAUAUAUAUUGUUGUGAGGGAUCACCUCCCUCCCCCUUGUGUACCUGGUUUCCACUUAGACAAAAAAACGUCAGAACCUUCAGAGAUAAAGGCAUUAGCUGAAAUGUUUGUGCUUUAUAAUCUUUUGCAUUACAAAGGAAUAAAGAUACAGCACAUGUGAAUUGAAAAGACUAUUUUGUACUGUGAGUGUAAACAUUGAGGAUAACCUGAACCCAUCCACAGGAUCAGGCUUAGGGCUGCUUAAUUCCUUUUUAUUCUAACUUGGAUGUUCUAUCCAUUGUUUUGGCCAUUGUUUCUGUCGGUAAGAAAAACAUUGUACUCACCAAAUCAUUUGCUAACGUAAUAUGGGAGAUGCCAGCUGGAAGAUGUGAUUUCUCAGAAUGUCCUAGGUUUUCUAGGUUUCUCUUUGGUAUAUUAUGCCUCAGCAGGAGGGCAUCUUCAGAGGAUGCUUGAACUACAUCAACUGGCCUCUUAAAUUGUGAAGGAGAAGCUGCUAUUGAGCAUCAAGCAGGAACUGAAGCUGUCUGAGACACCGGACCAGAUAAAGAAGGACAAAAAAGGAGUUAAGGACCUGAUGGUAUGUCCCAAGAAGAAAAAAAGGAAGCAGCGUUCACCAGCAAAGAUUCUCAACAUCAAUGAUGAUGAAUCAUUGGGCAUACAAAACCCCAAGUGUCAUGUCUGUGUUCACUGUAAUGCUGCAUUCAGAACCAACUACCAUCUGCAGAGGCAUGUCUUCAUUCACACUGGUGAGAAGCCAUUUCAGUGCAGCCAGUGUGAUAUGCGCUUCAUUCAAAAAUAUCUUCUCCAGAGACAUGAAAAGAUCCACACUGGUGAAAAGCCUUUUCGCUGUGAUGAGUGUGGGAUGAGGUUUAUCCAGAAAUACCACAUGGAGAGACACAAGAGGACUCACAGUGGAGAGAAGCCUUACCAGUGUGACUACUGUCACCAGUACUUCUCCAGAACAGACCGGGUUUUAAAGCACAGACGAAUGUGUCACGAGAACAGAGAGAGAAAGACCAGCAAGGCAGCUGGUAAAGUUGGGCCUUUGCAUGAAGCAGAUUCUUUGGGCCUCCCCUUUCUUGCCAAAGAGUGUUCUCUGCCCAAGAAAAAGCGGCAAAAGUGUGCAGACAAGAGUUCAGGCACUUCCACUGCUGCCCAGACAGAUGGGUACACCGUCGCUGUUGUCGAAACGGAAGAGAAGGAGGAGCAGAGACAGAAUAAAAUAGAAGGUCUACCUCUCUUUGCUGUGUCCUCCAAAGUCAAACAUGAGUAUGUGAUUGCAGACUACUCUGUGGAACUUCCGGAAGAAACGGCUAGCCAACACCAAGAGGGAGAAGUGUCAACAGAAGACACAACUCCUCCCAAACUUGUCCUGAAGAAAGUCCCCAAGAGGAGUCUCAAACAGUCCAGUGAACAAACUCCUCCCUGCCUGUCCACUUUGUCUUCCUUUGAAGAAAAUACUAAGGUCGCACAGUACACCUUUGAAAUUGUAGACAAGCAAGGCCUUUUAGAAGUGGAAAGCAACACUGAUCUCGAGCCCGUCGAAACUCUUCAAGGAGGCCCGACGAAGCCAGCCGCCGGCAGCACAAACUACGACGAUGCCAUGCAGUUUCUCAAAAAGAAACGUUAUCUUCAGGCUGCAAUGGCCAACAGCAGUCGGGAUUACGGUCUGAACACGAGCAGCAUUUCUUCUCAGCCGCCUGUUACGCAAACUGUGGUGUCAGCCGUGAUUGAAGAGACUGUCCCCGCCACCAUUCUGGAGCCCCAGCCCAUCAACGCAGAUAUUAAAGCCACACAUGACAAGAGUGUGUUGCCAGAUGAGGUUCUUCAGACGCUGUUGGACCAUUACUCCAACAAAGCCAAUGGGCAAUCGGACAUUUCCUUCAGCGUGGCCGACACAGAGGUGACAUCAAGCAUAUCCAUUAAUUCCUCCGAUGUUUCAGACAGCAGCCCUGUGGAGAGCCUCGGAGCCUCUACUGCCCAGGCUCAGCCAGCUACUGAGAAGGUCAGCCUCUUGCAGGAAUACUCCAAGUUUCUCCAGCAAGCACUGGAGAGGACCAGCCAGAACGACAGCUACCUGACCAGCCAGAGCCUCAGCUUGGUCUCCGAAAACCCCACCUUAGCUGGACAACCUCUGUUCUCCACCGAGAAACAGUUCCCUUCCCCCAGCAGGUUCAAAUCAGGGAUGAGCUCUCCGCUAAGGUCCACUUUAGAGAAACCUCACUUUGGAUUACUGGUCGGGGACUCCCAGCACUCCUUUUCAUUUUCAGGUGAUGAGACCACCCCUCCCUCCGCCGUGUCCCCAGCUGAGGAGGACUUUCUGGAGCAGGUCUCACCCUCCAAAAAGCCAGACACUUCACAAGGCAUACUGCAGACCUUCCAAAUAAGCUCCUUCGAUCAGAACUUCAAAAGUCAUUUCCAGACUUCAAGAUCUGGAUCCUCCUCACAGUUUACUGUUGCCAAUGGACAAUUAAGUCUCAGAGGACACAGCACAGACUUCUCAGAGUUCCCUUUAGUCAGAGUCACUGAGACCAGGUCUCAACUGAACUCCUCCCCUGAUGUUACAUCCAGUGAAACCUUUGGCUGAACGGAGGGGUAGAGAAUUCAUUUUCUGUUCAUAAUUUCAGCGGCACUUUAUCUCAUGUCUCUUGUUUUGCCAAAACAAGUGCCACCGCAACCAUGUGCUCUUUCCCUUAGCAUUUUGUUAUGAAACAUAUUAUUGUUUUGUUUUUGUUAAGUGCAACCUCAUAGAAUGGAAAUAAUGAAAAUUGUUAAAUCGUAAUUAGCAUUUCCCUUUUGAAAAAAAACUCAUUGUAAUUGCGCAUAGGUAUAUUUCUUGCUCAAGAAUGUUCAUUGAGAGAUUAAGCGACCAAAGUGUAAUGCUAGAGAUAGAGUGAAAUAUUCUCUCAUGCCAUUGCCACAGAGUUUUAAUGUUUUGUCAAUCAGUUUGCCUCGCACAAAAAAUGAUCAAGUCACUCUUGCUGCUUAAUGCAAUAUUUCCACUUAUUAAAACAUAGGCCCUAUUUAUAUAUGCCUUUUUGCUCUUACUGUAGCUACCUCCCCUAACUGUUUAUCUGGUUAUAUUUAAGUCCACUCCUAGAACCUUGUUAUUCCAGCUGUGUACCUCCUGUUAAAUUGUCUACUGACACUGACACCAUGAUUAGAUCAUAACUGAUUCUUCACUUUAUGUUGAAGUCACUUUACUGUCACCUGAGACGGGUGUGUCCACAUGGCAUGUGUAAUGAAUGCUAUACAGGAAAGAUGUAACUGAUUGUAUUCAUCUCAUAUGGAAUCUAGUUUAUUUUCCAUUUACACAUUGGGCCUAGUUUGGUUGGUGUGAUGGCCAAAAAGAAGAAAUUAUAGUUCUCAUUCAAAGAAAAUGAAUUCAUUCAUUUUUAUUCCCUUUUGUGCCUACAUUUCUUGGCACAGACUUUUGUGACUCUAGUGCAGAUUAGGCAGUGUAAUAACCCCUCGCCCCCCCCCUGCUGAAAAAAACAAAAACAAAAGAAAAAGAUUUAGGAAUCAAAAAGCUGCAUUCAUGUAAUGGUUGCCGGGUCAUUGUUAUUUUUCCUUCAGCAGUAUAAGUGAGUUGUAAUGAAAUUACUUAAGAAGAUUGUGCUUAACCUUUGCACAAUUUGCACAAUUUUUCACUACAGGGAAUGUAGUAUGUACUUUCAUAUUAGGGUUAUUUGAAAUUACAGAUGAUGCUUGUUGCUUUCAUCACUUACAAUGUAGCUCUUGGAGCUGCAGUUCUAUAGUACUUUGAUUGUUGUUCUUGGAAGAUGCACAGGUUUUGGGGAAACAAUAAUGUGAUUAGGCCCCCCUUGUAUUGAUUGAAACUCAGUUUCAUUAAGGCUAUAUUAGGAAAAACAUUACAAAUGGAAAUUAGGUACUUGGUUUUCCAGUUUUAUUUGUUCUGCAUCUGUGCCUUUCUUUUCUUUCUUCUUUAUUCCAGGCUUUCCUUUACUCAUUCCUGUAUAUGUAUUUCUGUUUUUUCUUAGUUAGUGCUCUGAUGCUACUAAUUCCACUUGCACAAUAACAACAAACACAUAAGCUAUCAACCUAUUCAGUCUGUAAUAUGUUGAGAUCUGGGAGCUUUAUUUAAUUUUGCCCAUCAUAUUUUAUUAUUUUAGCAAGAAAUAGCACAGAGUUUAAUUCUCAAACUAUUAUCUAUUGGAAGGACAUAGCAUUUUCAUUGUGUGUGCGCGUGUGUGUGUGUGUGUAUAUACACAAAGUACAAAAUCAUGUUUCAAAUAUCUGUAGUUUUGAUCAUUAUCACCUAUUUGCUAGAAUUCACUAGUAUGCCACAUCUGUCCAGACCUUGUUGAAAAAAAAUGCGAUUGAGGUCUCAUCUGUACUUCAUCACACCGUUGAUUGUUUUACCAUUUGUACAUGUAUGUGUGAUGCGUUAAGUGCUAUUGUGUAAAACACUGUUUUUAUAUGCACCAUCAAAUUAGGUUUGAGAAUUGAUGUUAAGCUCCCUCUUGUUACAAUUCUACGGACAAUCAGGGACAGACAGCACCCACAUUAAUCAUCAAAUGCUUUAUUUUUCCUCAUCGAACAUUCCCACUAGAAUGUACAGAAGCUAUCCUGCUGUAAAUACAUUGUAUAUUUUUAUGUUCUGAGAAGUACUGUUUAGAUCUGUGUGUCAAUAGAGAGACGAGGCUUGUGCAAGAGACACUUUUUGUCAGUGGAAGGCACAUUCAUUUGUUUUCCAGCAUUUAUUACAUUCAACAAUGAAUCCAUUUCUCUUGCUGACACAAUGCGGCUUUCUGAGGUUAUAUAUUAUUAUAUGAGGUUAUAUAUAUAUAUAU